AUGCCAUCUAUCUAUCUAUCAUGCAUUAUUAGAGCCAAUAUUAUUUCUUUGAAUGUUUCCUUUCUCUUGCCUUCUUUAUCUUUCAAAAGCACAACUCUUAAUUUUUUUUUUAUUCCUUUUCCAGUUCUUCUCUUGUCAUUAGCUCUUUGUAUUGUUCCUCCCAUUUUUGCUUUCUUUUGCUUUUCUUCAUUUUCUUCAUCCCAUUUUUGCUUCCCUUCUUUUUCCUUUGUAUUCUUCAUACCCUUUUCUUCAUCCCAUUUUUGCUUCCCUUCUUUUUCCUUUGUAUUCUUCAUACCCUUUUCUUCAUCCCAUUUUUGCUUCCCUUCUUUUUCCUUUGUAUUCUUCAUACCCUUUUCUUCAUCCCAUUUUUGCUUCCCUUCUUUUUCCUUUGUAUUCUUCAUACCCUUUUCUUCAUCCCAUUUUUGCUUCCCUUCUUUUUCCUUUAUAUUCUUCAUACCCUUUUCUUCAUCCCAUUUUUGCUUCCCUUCUUUUUCCUUUGUAUUCUUCAUACCCUUUUCUUCAUCCCAUUUUUGCUUCCCUUCUUUUUCCUUUAUAUUCUUCAAACACUUCUCACUCUCCUUCUCUUCAUUUUCUCCAUCUCCUUUUCGCUUCCCUUCUUUUUUUCUUUGUAGUUUUCAUCCCUUUUUGCUCCCCUUCAAUUUUCAUUUUCUCCAUCCUUUUUUCACUGCCCUACUCUUUUCUGUAUUUUCUUCAUCCUCUUUUUGCUCCCCUUUUCUUUCCUUCAUUUUUCUCAAUCUCUUUUUUGCUUCCCUUCACUUUCCUUUGCUUCCCUUCUCUUUUCAUUGUGUUCUUCAUCCCAUUUUCGAUUCUUUUCUCUUUCCUUUGUAUUCAUUCAUCCCCUUUUCACAUUCUUCAGUUCCUUUCCACUUGUCUUCUCUUACUUUUUUCAUACCUUUACCAAUUCUCCACCAUUUCCUUCAUUUCUUUGCAUUCUUCAUUUCCUGUUCUUACAAUUGUUCUCUUUCUAAAGCUUUUUCUUCUACAUUCCUUUUCCAGUUCCUCGCUCAUUUCUUAGAUGGAAAAACAACGAAGAAACCAAAGCAGCCUUCUUCUCUUGUCUUUUUCAUUCACCCCUGUUGUAUUCUUCAUCCUUUUUCAGUUUCUGUCUCUUACUUACUUCAAUUUUUCCACCUCUUGCCCUUUCUAUGCCUUUUUACAGUUGCCAUUUUUUGGGUUUUACUUCUUUGUAUUUCUCAUUCCCUUUCAGAGUUCUCACUCUUGCCUUUUUUUCCUUUAUCCAAAGUCUUCUUCAUUCCUUUUCCAAAUUCCUCUCUUGUCUUCAGUUCUUUGCAUCCUUCCUUUCCUUUCUUCAUUCUUCCCUCAGUUAUAUUUCUUCCUAUUUUUCUAGUACAAAUAUCAAACAAAACCCAACAAGUGAAAUCUUGCAGUCUCACCAUUCCAUUUGCAUAA